ACGUAAAUACGUCAUGUGCUCGAAUAAAGAUCUUCAUCGCGCGACAUCACGCAAAGUACCUAUAUAGAUAUACGGAUGUAUUAACGGGGUUGUGUAAUUUUGCGAAAUCAUGAUCGGGAUUAGAUAGGUCAAAUUUUAUUCGAAUUUUUUAAAAAACGAUAAAUCUGCUCGAAUGACGAGGGAAUUAUUGAAGGUAAAAACGGAGAUAAAGCGUAAUCGGGCAUCUCCUACGAGUGACACAGAAUUUCACGCACUUUGCCGUCCAUUUCUGGUGUGCCCGAUCAGUGAGCGCAACUUGUCAAAGAUGGUUCGGUGUCUUCGCCUGCAGGGAUACGAAAAUUUUCUCAAGUAUGUAGACGAUUUGGAAACUGCGGAAUCGGUGUACAUCCUUUACACCGGCACGAAGCUUCCCGACACCGGCAAGAGCUGGUGCCCGGAUUGCGUGGAAGCUGAUCCAUUUAUUGAACAAGGUUUUGAAGCAGCACCUGAAGAAACACAGUUGAUAAUAGUGGAAGUUGGAGACAGAUCGUUUUGGAAGGAUCGUAAUUGUCCGUUCAGGACAAAUCCUAUUACCAGAUUGAAAGUCUUGCCCACUCUAAUUAAGUGGAAUACUGAAAAACGUUUAGAAGGUGACCAAUUGUUAAAACCUGAACUUAUCGAUAUGUUAAUCACAGAAGACGAUUAAGUAUUUGUAUAAUACAUUUUUUAUAUUUUAUAUAAAAGUAUAUUGUACAUAUUGCAUGAAUUCUAAAUACUGUAUGCAAACACUACACUCUUGUAUCCCAUAUAUAUCUAUCUAUUUUUCAUAUAUCUAUCUAUUUUUUUUAUGAUUACUAUCCUUUCCAUUAUUCAGCUUUAAAGAAAUGAAUAUUUUCAUAAUAGAAUGUAUAUUCUUUAUGUAUAUUCUUAUGUAUAUUCUUAUGUGUAUUCUUUAUGUGUGCAUUUACAUAUUUCAGUUAUUAUUGCAAUAAGGAUCAAUUUAAUUUUUUAAAUCACAAUAAAUUAUGCGUUAUGAAUUAGAUAACUGGUUUCAAAUUGAAAAAGAAUUUCAUGCUUAGUUUUUUUUUUUGGAUUUAUCACGAAACCUAUGAUGUUAAUAUUCGUUCGUGAAAUCUUAUUUAGCCUAAUCUAUUACCAUCUAUCGUGAAAUCUUAUUUAGCCUAAUCUAUUACCAUCUAUCUACUCCAUCCUAUAAGACUAUAACUAUAAUUAUAAAUUUCUUAAUAUAAGGUUUAUUCGCAACUACGCAAUCGAUGCCAUUUCCUGUAAUUCUUUCGUCGGUGGUAAUAUACGCACAGAAUAGUGAAGUUUUUUAUUUCUU